CUUUUUUAUUUUUUUUUUUCAACAUCGUAUCUCUACUCAGUUAACCUCAUUCCUCUUCUUGCCACUCUUUGCUUUAUUUCUCUUUCUUUUUUUGCAAGACAUGGAUCCCUUCUCCACAUUUUUUCGGGAUCCACGUCUCACCCAAAGACCACAGCGGCGUCAAGAGCGACAGGAUUUCUUUCCUUCCUUUUCUGAUCCCUUCUUUUCUGAUCCUUUCUCUCAGGCGGAUAGCAAUACUUUUCUGGACAAUGACGACUAUACCCUUGGCAGUACAAACUCAUUUAAGCCUCGCCAGCAGAGACAGUCACGUCAACAACAGCAACACCCUUCGCGGCAGCAACAACAGCAGCACUAUGAUAAAAACGAACAUGACGAUGAUGAUGAUGAUAACGAUGAUGACGACGAUGAUGACGAUGUAGAGGAGCAAGAAGAGUAUGCGCCUCAACAUAAAGGUCCACUCCGAGGAGUUACUCAAAGAAGACAGCACCAGCAGCAACCUCAACAACAAAGAAGGCAGCAACGCAAUUAUCCAGAGGAAGCAUAUCAAGCUCCAUAUCAAACCGUAAACAAUCGCCAACCCCAUGGCAUACACCAUUAUCAACAGCAUCAACACCGUCCACAGCAGGAACAUCCUCAAUGGCGUCCUACUCAAGCUUCUUCAAAAAAGCGUAAUCAUCGUCAUCGUCGGAAAGAAACACAACAAGCUAAGGCUGAUCAAGCUACAUCCGCACAAGUUUCAUCAAACGACCCAGCAAUAGCUGCUGCUGCAUCUGAAGAGGGUGAUGAUGAGAUGGUCUCACAAGACGCUACUUUUAGUGAUAAUGAUAUUCAGGAAUCAUCAUCAGUCAAAACUUCGGUUCCUGUGCAAAGACCGACUAAGCCACAGCAUUCGAAUCCGUCUGCUACAGCUGCCCACCAAACAACCUCACAUCCUGAACGUCAAGCUCCUGCGCUAUCCUCGUCCGGAGAAAGCGACGGUUAUGAGCAACAGACAACUGGAAGCACCUCUGAUGAUGAUCUGGUCUUGCCUGGUCGUGAGCUUCAGCAGAAGAGUCUAGCCGAGCUUGACCAGAUUGAGGCCAAUCUAGAGGAACUAUCCAAGGAGCUGGAUCAAAUCCUGUCGGGCGAAAUCUCGAACAGCAAACGUGUUUUAUUGACAGAAGAGAAUUUAACCAAAGCCAUGCUCAAGAUUGACGCUGUCGAGAGUGGAGGUGAACCGUCUAUUCGACAGAGACGUAAAGGACUGAUUGCUCGAGCUGAACAGUUAUUGCUCAAGGUGGAUGACUUUAAGCGUCGGACUAAGACCAGUGCAUGGAACCCAUAA